CACUCUAACCACUAUGCAACACUUCCUAUCACACCACACUGGCUCUGUUCUGUUCUGUCAUUUGCCAGCUACUGCGACUUUUUGGCACUGAAUGCUAAAUCGGGGCUGAUCCAGCGAUCAGGGGAAAUGCCCACAAAAGCUCAGAAGCGUGCCAAGGGCGGGCGAGCCCCUGUCUGGCUGUCUGCAAACAUCUGCGGCAAACACAUGCUCAGAGGCACUCUUGGGGCCGGAAGAAGCCUGCUGGCCCAUCUUGUGACCAGAAAAGUAUGCAUCACGGACGGGGUUGUCCAGCCAGGAGAGGGGGGCCGGUGGCUGAAGGAGGAAAAGUCCAAGGGGCUUUCGUCCGUGAGCCCAUACUGGCCCCGAACCUGCUCCAGACGGCAGACUCUCUCCUGCUUUGCCCUGAACUUCCAAGCGAUCCUGCUUGCACUGAACUGUGCAACCAAUGGGAGAUUUUUCCUGGCUGGAGGGAAGCUGCGAUCAAGUGGAGCCCCAAGUUCUGAUCCAAGAUUUCGGGUCCCUGCACCACUUCCUCUGGAUUCUGACUUUAGCUGCCUCCUCGCUAGACCUGAACUUUUAUCCUAUUAUUUAAGAAGGAGGCAAUUCUGGUGCUCCCUGCAGAUCGAACCUGCCUGUUUCGAAGACGGCUUCAAGCCUUAAAGGGAGACCUGAUCCCUGCCUUUUGAAUGCCGUUUCCAUUUAAGCAUGGGUGUAUUUCCCUUCCUUUCCUUGCGCCCUUAUUUCCUUAGAGCAGAUUUUUCUGUUCAAAAAGGUAAGAUGGCCGCGUUUAGUGGGUUCGUCUGUUCUGGAGCUCCGUGAGUAGAAGGCAGCGAUGGCCGUGCGCAGGCCCAAGAAGAGAUCCCCGGACAUUUUCUCAGUCCAGCCCCUCCUGAAAGAUUCCCGCUCAGCUCAUCCGCAAAUACCAGAAGAUCCAUUGCUUUAAACUGUUUAUGUUGCUCUUCAAAGCUGCAAGAGGCUCUCCAGGAAGGCUGGCCGGCAAACCAAAAGAAACAUCUUGCAGCAUGAGCGCACAAAGAGGCUUGUUUUGGAAACAAAACUCAGAAUUUCCACGGGGUGUUAUGGUCAAUCAGGCAGAACCUUGCCCUGGGACUCAACGAGUCCGUAGCCUUCGGCACGGCCCUCCGGCUACCGCCGGCUGGGGAACGGCUUCUGUGCCGGACCCAAGGCAAGGGAGUGAGGCUGGACGGCACCUGGAUUCGUCAGGCAGCACCGUUAACGGGAUGGCAGCCCCCCCUCAUCCCCCCCGCCUGUCUGCCUCUUGCCGAGCAGCACCUUGACUUCCUCCUUCUCCUUCCUGCCGGCACUUUUUCUUUUGGCAGCAAGAAUACAGAAGAUCUAUUUCAGUGGUUCCCGUUAGGGACUUCUUGACACGUCACAGGCCGGAAAUGCCCCAUGCGGCUCUCUUCCCACAGAAAGGUGUGGGCCGGACGGUACAAAAUGCGGCCAGAGCCGGAGCAGGACGGGGAGGAGAGAGACGGUGGCUGCGGAGCAUCGGACCUCUGGCUGGCUCUGGCGCUUGAGUUUCGAACCCGACGCCGGGAAGUGAAGACGGGGGGCAGAGAUGACAGCACGCCGCUCUUGGGCCAGACCGCUGCUGCUUUGUGUCGUGGCACUCGGGGUGUGUGUGGAACCCACCGCGGGUUCCCAGGCUGUGCGAGAAGGAAAGCCAGUGUGUUGUGCCGCGAGUCCCUCCACGGAAGCCCCGAAAUCGUGUGACUCCUGCAGCCCUGGGACGUGCUGUGGGGACAAAUGGUGCGCCUCGUGUCGGAAGCUCCCCAGAUGCCAGGAGGGGGAGAAGCUGUACUGCUCAGGCACGACCGAUUUCAGGUACUUCUGCAAGCCGUGUCCAAAUGGAACCUUCUCAGACCCCAAAAAGGAAUGUUGUACCCCUUGGACAGACUGCGAACGGGCUGGAUUACUUACUGUCCAUCCAGGGAGUGCAACCCGCGAUGCGCGAUGCGGCCGGGACCGUGUCAUCACGAAACAAGAAGAGCCCUCCCUCGUGACUUUCUUGUUCGUCCUGACGUCGGUGGGAAUCGGUCUCCUCGUCCUCCUGACUUUUGUCUUAGUCGUCUGUACGUGGAUGCAGAAGGAGAAAUUUCCUUUGGAGGCAGAAAGCGAGGCUGUCUACGUGCCGGAGUGCGUGGGGUCCCAGCUGCUUCAUGCCGACGCCUGCAGCUUCCAGUUCCCGGAGGAAGAACAUGGGGACAAAAUGCCGGAAGAGACACCCUCGCUGAAGUCCUUGCCACACUGAGGAAGGUCUCCUAGGCCGAUUUAAUGAAACACACCAUCCGGCCUUUUGGGGAGUGCCACCGCCAUCUCCGAAUUGUCUCCCAGAAGAACACAGCUGCGUGUCUUUAAGGCGUGUGCAUUGGGUCGGUUUGCGGGCGCGAGCUGGUUGCCAGCCUUCGCUCACCACCGUUUUCGCAGUGCCGCUCUGUCUCUCACCUUGCCGAAGGGGUCGGGGAGGGGGAGCGGCUUCUCCAGAUGCGGCUAGAGAGUAAACAAUGCGAGCAUCACAUAAUCUCCCUCAUUGCACAGGUAGGAGCAAUCUGGGCCCUUAAUCCCCGAAGCCAAAACUUCCACCGGAUUGGAUGGAAGGAUGGAGACAGCCUUUUCGGAGGAGUCUUUUUACUCAGGCAAAUUUUGAGCAUGGCCAGCAGAGGUGCGCUGGGGCAGACGCCCGGAGGAUCCAGCGGUUAAAGGGAGAAGCCAGGUGGAGUUAAGCGGACCAUGGGUGGCGCUUACUGGUCUUUUAUGCCUGAGGCCUGCUUACCUGACGGAAGGCGCUUUUGCCAGCCAGGUCAAGGCUCUGCGCUUCUAUUGAGCAGCUCUAUCCAGAUUCUUGGGUUCCAACACCCUCCUUUUUAAGACUUCUUGUCUAGGUCGGUUGCAGAAUGCUCCUUUAAUUUUCGGGGAGAAUCCCUUUUCAUGCUUGUAUACAAAAAUAGAAACUCAGCUUCGGAGGGGCGAAAGGGGGAAUUUACUGGAUUUUCUGCGUUCUGAUGGGCCGUGGGCAGCGCGGUCUAGUGCAGCGAGAACUCUUUUCUGGAGGCUGCCUUGGGCAUUUUCUGUUUUGAAAACUUGGGUGCUCUUUCUCCCCUUCUUCGCCAACGGUGCCAUGAGGCACCAGAGGAAGUUGCUUUCAUCACGGCGGUCUAAUCGCCAGCCUCAAAAGGCUUUGCUUUAUGCAACGCCCAUGUUUCGAACUGCGCUUCCUUUGCGAAACCUGAAUCGGAGCUUUUUUUAUAGUAAAGCAGUAAGUAUGCCAA